AUGGCCAUCUCGCACGACCCCAUCACCGCAGCGCCCACCGGAAUCGACAUUGAGGCAUGGACGGUCGAACAGGCAGCCGAGGCGCUGCAGGCAACAUCCAUCUCGACGCCGACCCCUCCUAGACCCCGCGCCAACGUCACGAUUGAGAUCCCGCUCGACGACGACGCCCUCGCUUCUGCUAAUGCCAUGGCCACCGCUCAGCCACGACCAAAGCAAGAGGUUCACACCGUGUACAAGAGGCAAGAGCCCGUCCGUCGCGACAGCUUGAAACGCCGCGAGGCCUUGCUCAAGGGCAAAGAGGGUAGCCGUCGCAGACAGCGAUGGGAGAACGACCGUCUGCUUAGCAACCCCUAUGCUCAGCCUCCCCUGCCUAGCGACUGGGAGGUCCGUCCUACAUACCCUAUCCACAGCGUCCCAUACUUCCUGGCUCCGCUGUGGGAUGCCGAGUACAAGGCCAAGGCGCAAACCAAGGUAAACACACGUCGCGCAAACAACGUUGGCGACACACGCGCACACGGGUCCAAGGAGGAACAAGCUGCGGCUCGAGUUCCGCGUGAGCUCCGCGAGAAGCUCAAGAAGAGUCGCGGUGCAAAGAACAUGCUGCAAGAUCUUGAAGAGGAGGUUAGAAGCUUUGUACAACAAUGGUCUUCCAAGGAACGCCAGAUGGCCGAGGAUGGUCUGGUCGAUGGUGAUAGUGAGGACGAGGAGAUCGUUUUCGUUGGCCGUAAUGGUGCGAUGAGCGACGACCGCAAGCGCUCAAAGAGCGUUGUCAGCGACGACAGCAGUACUGCGAGCAUCAGCAGUGAUGAUUUAGCAAGAGAGCGGAUGAUCCUCGAGACUCUUGCUGACGAUCGCAGCGCUGCAUUCGGGUACGUAUAUGAUCUAGCUCCCAGUAGCGACAGCCAUUUGCUGACAGUCAUUAGACGCUGGCUUGUACAUUCUAUCGCGACAUACUACGGUCUAGAGACGUGGUCAGUUACGAAGGGCAGUCCCGCUCGCCGCGAGGCCUACAUAGGCCUCAAGCACAAGGCUGCCCCAGCAUUUUCUGAGCUACCACGACCUCUCUAUGUUCUUGUCUAG